UUUAUUUUGAGAAGAAUUUCGCUUCAGUGGUUUUAGGCAGCUUCCGAGAACUUAAAUUACGCUACAUUGUGCAAUUGCCUAGGCCACUCGCCACUCAUCUCGUGGCGCUGCCGCCAGAGCGCGCUGCUCGCGCACCGCGCUGUUGGAAAUGGUUGGAAAGACGCCCAAGCUCGCAACAAGGCCAUGAGCACCGACAACACAAAAAUCAACACAUCUUGUCACUUUCGCAGUGAUUAAUUCGGCAUUCCACCAUUAUUCUGCCAAAUUCUUCGAAGUACAACGUUUUCAGAAGCUUUCUUUAAGAAACUUCUUCUAAAAUGGUUCCAUUAGGGCCAGCUACUAACCACCCACCUCAACAGCCAACACCAUCAGCAGCUGCAGGGUCUGCUAAAUCAUCAAGUGCUAGUCUUAAACCCAACUACAGUUUGAAGUUUACCCUUGCUGGGCAUACAAAAGCAGUUUCCUCAGUCAAAUUCAGUCCUAAUGGUGAAUGGCUGGCAAGCUCUUCUGCUGAUAAAUUGGUUAAAAUUUGGGGUGCAUAUGAUGGGAAAUUCGAAAAAUCAAUAUCUGGGCACAAGCUUGGUAUUUCAGACGUUGCCUGGUCUAGCGAUAGCAGAUUACUUGUCAGUGCCUCAGAUGAUAAAACUUUAAAAAUUUGGGAGCUUAGUUCGGGGAAAUGUCUUAAAACAUUAAAAGGACACAGCAACUAUGUUUUCUGCUGCAACUUUAAUCCCCAAUCCAACCUCAUAGUAUCUGGAUCAUUUGACGAAAGUGUUCGGAUAUGGGAUGUUAGAACAGGCAAAUGCCUGAAGACACUUCCAGCACAUUCUGACCCUGUGAGUGCUGUACAUUUCAAUAGAGAUGGUUCCCUGAUUGUCUCUAGCAGUUAUGAUGGACUUUGCCGGAUAUGGGAUACUGCCUCUGGCCAGUGUCUUAAAACACUGAUAGAUGACGAUAAUCCACCUGUCUCAUUUGUAAAAUUUUCCCCAAAUGGAAAGUAUAUUUUGGCUGCUACUCUUGACAAUACUUUAAAACUAUGGGAUUAUUCAAAAGGAAAAUGCUUGAAAACAUACACUGGUCAUCGAAAUGAGAAAUAUUGCAUAUUUGCUAAUUUCUCUGUUACUGGAGGAAAGUGGAUUGUAUCUGGAUCAGAAGAUAACAUGGUGUAUAUUUGGAACCUUCAGACUAAAGAAGUUGUUCAAAAAUUGCAAGGCCACACAGAUACAGUCUUAUGCACAACCUGCCAUCCAACAGAGAACAUAAUUGCAUCAGCAGCUUUGGAAAGUGACAAAACAAUUAAGUUAUGGAAAAGUGAUACCUAAACUUCCACUGCCAAACUAAACUGUUAUUUUUUGUAAUCUUUUUCUUCUUAAUUUAUGAGUUUUUGCUGUGCUUUCCUCGUCUUCAUACCCUGAACCAACUUAGAGACUGAAGUAUCAAAAUGCUGUACUCGUGAAUUUAAAGUGGAAGCAUGUGUUGGUUUGUUUGGAUUAGUAUUCAAAUAGUCAUUCUACCAUGGUUCUCUCCCAGACAAUUUGACCUUUCACUUUUCUUCCCCAAUGCUCUUAAAUGUUAUGUUGUAUCUUUGACAGCAACUUUUUCUUCAGAAUGCGUGGCAUUCUACAUUUUUACUUUGCAUGGUCUCUAUGCUGUGUUUGUUGGCAGUCAUGCUUAGUAGUGGUCUCAUCUCUUCUCAAACCAUCAGUUUGAGUGUAAGGCAUGAGGGUGUGUGGAUGGACGGGACUUCUUGUUGUUCCUCUUGUUUAUAAGUAAUCAUGUUAAUGCCAGUCCUCUCUUGUACAUAGUGAUUAUGUAAUGAUGAUUUUGUAAUUAUGUAAGUGUAUAGUGAUCAGUCUUUCUUUGCCUUUUCUGAAGAUGUCUCUUGUUCCAUUUGGGCCUUUGCUUAACUUAAUUUGUUUGCAUAAAUUGGAAAGUUGAUUGCAUCAGAUCUUUCUUUUUGUUUUGUUUGGAUGAAAAAUUACUAGUCUUCUGUCAAUUUUGUUACACCUUAUCCUGUCUUAUACGUAUGGACGCUAAACUUUAUGUCUCAACCAGUGGUAAUAUUUGUGUAAGUUAUAUAUAAAACAAUAAUUUCUGUAAGGCAUGAUCAGCUAUAGGCAAAAUAAUUUCUUCAUUAUUUUCAAAUUAUUUUGUCUCAUGCUAAAGUGUUCAAGCAACCCAUUUCAUUUUACUAGUUGUGAAUAAAGUCUUAAGAAAGUGGAA